AUGGGGCUGGCAACGGAAAGCUCAUGUAGAUGUCGCCACCAUAAUUCUGUCCCUGUCAAGUUGUUUGAGGUUGUGUGUCAUUUUGAUUCGGUUGCGUUUCAGGCGAUAUUUACUACCAUCCGUGAGUGAUAAGUGUUAAAACAAGUUUAAAUUGAUUAAUAACAAUGUAUUCUACAUGGACAGUUCCUCAACUGAAAAAGGAAUUGAAGGAACGAGGUGCUUCUUUACGUGGAAAAAAAGCAGACCUAAUCGAAAGAUUGGAGAUUUACGACCAGAAUUUCAACUUCGGAAAUCGGGAAAAUGUUGAAACAGACGAUCCAGCGAUGAAAUUACCUUCUAAUGAGUGCUACCGUGACAUAAAUAGUCACACAAAAUUACCUCCAUUAAAUAAAACACAAAUAAGACAUUAUUUAUCAUACACUAGCAAAAAAAUGGAUAAAGUGGCUCAACUGUAUGAAUCUCGACACUUAGUUACAGCACGAUCCCACACCUCAUCAAAUGAAACAUAUAUCAAAGGGAUUUGCAGAAAAAGUAUGAAGAAACUGCAUUAUAGUGUAGAUAUUAAAUUCGAUGAAUAUGGGAACAUCAUGGAAGCACACUGUGAGUGUCCAGCAGGUAGCGGAAAUAAUGCUUCAUGUAAACAUGUUGCUGUUCUUUUAUUUGGCAUAGAACAUAUGGUACAUGCAAAACAAAUUUUAUUAUUUGAAACCUGCACUCAGAAGUUGCAGCAAUUUCAUGUACCAACAUCUCGAUAUUCAGGAACACCUAUCCGUGCAGAAAAAUUGACACAGAGACGAAAUUUGCCAGUAAUAUUUGAGCCCUAUCCUGUCAAUAAAAUAAACAAAAUCAACUAUGAUAGUAGGGUUCGAAGUUUGGUUUUAAAUUUCCCUAAUAGCUCCAUGCCUCUCAAACAAAUGUAUGAACCUGCCAAUCCCUAUAGCUUAGAGACAGAUCACAAUUAUACUCUAUAUUGAUUUAAAAGUGGUAUAUGUAUACAGAGAUGAACAGUUUAUAAAAGAAAUGUUAUUGAAAUUAGAUAAUUUUUUUGAAAAUUAUUAUAAUGGUGAACUUUUAAAUAAGUAUUUAUAUUAUAAUUAUGAAGAUUUUAAUAAAUAAUGAACCAAUCAUUAA